AGAGAAAGCGCCCUCUGGCCGCUGCACCUUCCGUCAUUCAUACCAUCGAGUGAAAAACUGAAGACACACACACACACACACACACCGGAAAAACAAAAACAUGGAGAGGAAAGUAGCUCGAGAAUUUCGCCAUAAGGUUGAGCUGCUGAUUGAUAAUGAGGCAGAAAAGGAUUACCUGUAUGAUGUUCUGCGCAUGUAUCAUAAGUCUAUGGAUCUGCCUGUCCUGGUGGGGGACUUGAAGCUGGUGAUUAAUGAACCAAACCGUCUGCCCCUGUUUGAUGCGAUCCGGCCUCUAAUCCCCCUCAAACACCAGGUGGAGUAUGACAACCUUACCCCAAAAAGAUCCAGGAAGCUGAAGGAAGUGCGUUUAGACCGCAAUCACCCUGAAGGCUUGGGCCUCAGUGUACGAGGUGGCCUUGAGUUUGGCUGUGGACUUUUCAUCUCACAAAUUGUAAAGGAUGGACAAGCUGGAAAUGUGGGCCUGCAGGUGGGAGAUGAGAUUGUGCGCAUCAAUGGCUAUUCAAUUUCCUCGUGCAUCCAUGAAGAGAUUAUCAGCCUUAUCAAGACUAAGAAGACUGUGUCACUGAAAGUCAGACAUGUGGGAAUGAUUCCAGUAAAGAGUUCCCCUGAUGACCCUCUAAAGUGGCAGUUUGUGGAUCAGUUUGUGUCUGAGUCAGGGGAAAAGAAGAGCAGUGUUGCUGGCCUAGCAUCCAUUGGAGGGAAAGAGAUCAAGGAGAAAAAAGUGUUCCUCAGCCUGGUUGGUACGAAAGGCAUGGGCAUCAGUAUCUCGAGUGGACCAACUCAAAAGCCAGGGAUCUACAUCAGCAAUGUAAAGCCUGGCUCUCUCUCAGCAGAAGUGGGCCUGCAGGUUGGUGACCAGAUUGUUGAGGUCAAUGGUGUGGAGUUCACUAAUGUGGACCACAAGGAGGCAGUUCGAGUGUUGAAGAGCAGCAGGAGUCUAACUAUCACAGUCCUCACCGGAGCUGGAAAAGAGUUGUUCAUGACAGAUGAGGAGAAGCUGGCAGUAGAAGCUCGGCGAGAGAUUGAGCGGCAGGAGCUCAUGAAACAGAAGAAAGUGGCGAUGGAGACCAACAAAAUCCUCAAAGAGCAACAAGAAAAAGAGCGCCUAAGAAAGAUGGAGAUUUCACAGAAGGCUGCUGAGGAAGAGGAAAGAUACAGAAAGGAGAUGGAAAAGAUAGAGGCUGAAGAGAGAAAGCAGAACAGACAAUGGGAGGAAGACUGGGGUUCCAGAGAGAAGUCAAAAAGUCCAUCUCCUGUCUCUUCUUCACCUCCAUCACGUUCUCCACCUCCAUCAAAACCCAGGAGCUCAGCUGCAGAAGCUGACACUGAUGAAGAUGAAGAAAAAGAAGACGGAGAAGAAGGACAACCAGGCUUUCAGAAAUAUGUGGACGACUUCGAUCCCUAUUCAAUGUUUACCCCUGAGCAGAUAGAAGGAAAAGAUGUGCGGUUGCUGAGAAUUAAGAAGGAGGGCCCACUGGACCUUGUUGUGGAAGGGGGGAUAGACUCUCCACUGGGAAAGCUUGUGGUUUCAGCCAUUUAUGAAGGAGGCUCAGCUGAUAAGCAUGGUGGCGUGGUGGCCGGUGAUGAGAUCAUGGCAGUAAAUGGAAAAAUCCUGACAGAUGUGACCCUGACUGAAGGGCAGAACUCUCUAGCUCGGGCCUGGAACAGUGGAGGGGACUGGAUUGACCUUGUGAUAGCCGUUUCUCCACCAAAAGAAUAUGAAGAUGAAGUCCCUAACGCAGCAUCAGUCAGUUCUACUGCAAACAGAAAGGUUUUCCAGGGCAGUGCCUCUGUGUACAGGCAGGGCUAUGUGCUACAGAUGAAAACACCUCACACCACACCCUGAUCACCUACACACACCUGGGUAACCCCUUUAACCCCCUUUUGAAGAGUGAGCGUAUGCAUCAUGUACAUGUGACGGUCUCUGACAGUCAAGAACACCAUGUGUACCGUCCAGUUAUUUCAUGGUCUGUUAAUAAAGCAGAAAUGGUUAAUGAAGCUUUCAGUCACUAAUGUGCAUUGUAAAGUGUGUGUGCACACCUAAAAGAUCUACACACAUCUUUUCAUUUAUUCUACAGACUAAAUGAUGGACCUGAAUGGUCCUGUGUCCCAGCCAGGACCUUUAGCAGUCUUUCUGAUUGAUGUUGUUCAAAGGGACUGUUACAUGUCAUGACUCAUACAGAAACCAUAGUGUUGAUGGACUGAUCUCAGCCCUUGAUGCAGCAUGUUGCUAUUUAUUACUUUUAACACUAGAGAACACAAGAAUCUCAAAAGAAUGUAGACUCUAUAACUAAAAUGUAGUUUCUAGUAGAAUGAAUAGCUACUCGAAAAUUACGAUAAUACGUAAAGUAUGAAGAUUCAUCAUUUCAUUUAGCAACAUGCUUUGCAGUUGAAGUGUUUCUAUCCCUGAAUCCUCUUCGGUGCCUCUGUUUUCAGAAAUCUAUAUUUUCUUCACUGUUCUCUAAAGAUGUGUGAAAGAGUGAAAAAAAACCCUCCUUAUUUAUAACAUAUUUUAACUGUAAUC